AUGGCAGAGCCAACGAGUGCUCCUAGUCCGAGUACGGGUGCUGUCAACUAUUUCUCCAUCAGUCACUUGCUCCGACAGUCACCAUUUUCAUCUCUGGAAUCGGGCACUGAUUCCAAAAAUAGUUCACGAACAGAUGAAGAAAAUCCCAGAACAUUCAGUAAACAAAUUCCUGAGAGAGAAUCAAAAACAGUUUCAAGGUCUGAUUCAAAUCCGGCAGCAUCUGAUAGUGAUCACUUACUUACUGCCCUACAAACCAGUGGUACUUGUGUACAACCUCAUUUCUCAUUAUCCUUGAAUUCCACUACUGCAGCGAUUGAUUUACUGAAGCAACCAGAUCCCUUUGUGGAUCGAAAAUCCGGUACUGAUAGUACUGCUGGGUCACAUUUUGAUGAAAAAUCAGUGUUGACAUGUCGCGAAACAACGAUACCGUUGUGGUUGAAUUGUGCUGCUGCAACAGCUGCUGUACUUCCCUUUGAGCAAAGUUUCUUGAUGGCCCAAAGAUCUGCGGCAGUAUUCCCUCACUUAUGGGCAGCUUCAGCUAGUACUGAUGCCUUGCAGUUGGUAUCAGCCAGUAAAUCAUACCGGCGUAGGAAAGCACGUACCGUAUUUUCGGAUCAGCAGCUACAGGGCCUCGAGAAAAGGUUUGAAACACAACGAUACCUGUCAACACCAGAACGUAUCGAACUUGCUACUAUUUUGAAUUUGAGUGAAACACAGGUGAAGACAUGGUUCCAAAAUCGGCGUAUGAAACAUAAAAAGAUUGUCCGAAAACAAGGUGAUGGCUGCAUUAGCAAAGGAGACAAUAUCACAAAGGAGGAUAAUACAGAUUCAAAUGAACGAUAA